CACUGCUGUAAGUGGCAACAUUUGGGAUGAAAUUGCUCUCGCAGUGGCAUCUCUGCGUGGCACGCAAAAUACAUAAUUUUGUUGAAUCAGUGUUUAAAGCUAGAAAAAAAAAACACCCAAACAGUGCUUUCGUUCAAUACACAAGGAAUAUUUUUGGAAUUGUGAAGCAAAAGAGUUAUUCCUCACAUUUCCUACAUGAUGACUAGCAUUGAUAUGGAACAGGUUGAGGCAUGUCGAACGUGUGGUGUUUAUUACAUGUCCACCGCUAAUUGCCUGCUACCAUUGUUCCAAAAUGCUGUAGACUCUCCCGAAAUGAUGCUUAUAAGACUGGAGCUGGCACAAUGGAAAAUCGAUAUAAGUGAACAUGAUGGCUUGUCACAGUACCUUUGCUUUUCCUGCUUGCACGAGUUCAAACGAAUCUUUAAAUUCCGCACUUGCUGUACUGAAACGCAAGGCCAAUUGCGGGCCUUCUACAAUUUUAGAGAAUACAAUCUGUCCAAUGUUAAAGUAAAGACGGAAAUUAUUGAGCCACAGGAAAAGGAUUUUGAGUGCAGUUUCAUAUAUGUGGAUGACCUAAGCGAUGAAGAACGUGAUACUGUCACCCCCUUCAAUAUACCACAUGUACCCAUAAAAGAAGAACUCAUAGAAGAAGCCGCUAUACCUCGUGAAAAUGAAAGUUCACAAAUUCCCCAGACUGCCUCGACAUCGUUAAGCAGCAGCAGAGAAUGCUCGACUACAGCUCAAGGCUUUGACCAAGCAACCGCUGAACCACAUGAAAGUAAAACUAUAGAGACACUACAGCAGCAACAACCGCCGCCCUUUUCUACCGUUGAAUGUCAAUUGUGUCAGCACUUGUCUCCAAAUCAGGCGGAGCAUAAACAGCAUUUACAGCGUGUCCACGAAAUUCGCGACUUGGAAUGUCACAUUUGUGGUAAAGUUUUUAAGAAUUCCACACCAUCUCGUUACAAGUUCCAUUUGAAAUGGCAUAACAUCAACAAACAUGUCAAGUGUACCCAGUGUGGUUUUGUCUGCAGUUCGCGACAAGCGCUAAAGGAGCACAGGCGUGCUGUACAUGCAAAAAUCAUUUGUAAAAUCUGUGGAAUAGGUAUACUAGCCAAGAAAAUGAAAAGUCAUUUACGGGAACAUGAAGUUCUAAGUCAAUUCCCAUGCGAGUACUGUACCGAAAUCUUCCAAUCUAAUGAAGAUCGUGAAACUCAUAUUUGGCAAGUUCAUGCAGAUGACCAACAUGCAGAAACAGACUCUUCAAACGUUUUGUCGGAUCAGCAUGAGCUUAGUAAAAAUACCGGUGAAGUAGAAGUGGUUCAUGUGGAAAUGGUUUGUGCACACUGCAAUCAGAAAUUUGCUCAGGAAAGUGAACUAAAAGUUCACGUUCAAGAACAACAUCGUCCCAAACAGCAACAACUAACUGUUAGAGAAUAUGAAAAAAGACUGCAAGAUCAAAGUGAAAACGUAGGAUCAAAUGAUCGUGCGGAAAAUUCCAUAACCAUCUUCGAGGAUUACGACGACGAUGACCAUGAUGCUGGUUUACAAUAUGUAAGCUCCUCCAAGGUAGCAGAGGAUAACAAUUCCAUACAUUUUACUCACUACCGUAACGACCAUUCAAGAAAUCUAUUAAAUGACUCCGACGACGUAGCCAUAGAUGACCAUACUAAUCAAAAGUCUGCAGAGGAACAAACUUUAGGAAAAAUGGAUACCUCCAUUGAACCUCCAUCAGAUACGGAGGACACUAAUUCUGUAUCGGAUAUGUUGCUUUCGCAACAUCAAAUACUGAAGCCCUUUGCAUGUGCCAAUUGUACCGAUACUUUUGCCACUGUGGAAGAGUUACUAACACAUUCUCAGAAGCAUCCGAAAGAACAAAUUGGAAAUUCACCAGCUAAAUCUAAAUUUCAUUGUGAUACUUGCGGUAAACAAUUUGAUUUGAAAUUCAGCCUAAAUCGUCACAUGAAAAGGCAUAACAAAUCAUCCUAAUACAAAUGCCCCAUUUUGCUGCAGAUGUACAUAACAUAAAUUUCAUUUAAAAACUAUUCUUAGUUUCAAGAAAAAGACUUACCUAAAUUAAGAGUAAUACAUACUGCUAUUUCAAAGAUAUUUUUUUAAACUUAAGAAUGCCAUAAGCGAAGAGUUUUUGAAAAGUGUAAAAAAGUUAAAAUAAAUAAAAAAUCACAUAGGUAGAAACAUA